UGUACUGAUUCAAACAGUAUAGGGUGGUAGAUAAUAUUUGUUGGUUUGUGUCGCCGUAAAAAAUAUUGAAAUUGCUAACAGUGUACCUAAUUCUCUAAUCAGUAUACCUGUGUCAUGAUGAUGCUGGGAAAAAAACUAGUUUGUCGAGCAAUAUCUCCUAUCCUAGCCUCCAGGCUUAAUUCUACCGAUGUUGCAAGAAAUUAUGAUAUAGUUGUCGUUGGCGGAGGAAUUGUUGGUGUGGCAUCGGCAAGAGAAAUUCUAUUAAGACAUCCAGCAUUGCGAGUCGCAAUCGUGGAGAAAGAGGAAAAAUUAGCCUUCCAUCAAAGCGGUCACAACAGCGGUGUUAUCCAUGCAGGCAUUUAUUACAAACCUGGUUCCCUGAAAGCCAAGUUAUGUGUGGAAGGGUUACAUUUGAGCUAUAAAUACUUCGAUGAAAAAAACGUCCCAUACAAGAAGGUGGGCAAGUUGAUUGUGGCUACCAAUCCAGACGAGGUGGAAAGAUUAAACAACUUGUAUCAGAGAGCUCUAGCCAACAAUGUGCCCGAUGUGCAGAUGGUCGACCAAGCGAAAAUACGUGAUAUCGAACCCUAUUGCAAAGGACUAAAGGCGAUUUGGUCACCACAGACGGGCAUUGUCGAUUGGGGACUAGUUACGCAGUACUACUCAAGAGAUUUUAAAGCUGUAGGCGGUGUUGUCUAUGUAAACUUUAAAGUAACCAAAUUUACCGAAGCGACAAACAACCUCGACUUCCCCAUUGUGGUCCGGAGCGAAAACGGAGAUGAAAUUUAUGCUCGUAACAUUCUGACUUGUGGUGGUCUGCAAUCUGAUAAACUAGCCGAGAUGACGGGUUGUUCUUCGAUUCCGAAAAUCGUUCCAUUCCGUGGGGAAUAUUUACUACUCAACAGCGACAAAUGCCAUAUGGUGCGAGGAAACAUAUACCCGGUCCCCGAUCCACGUUUUCCUUUUCUUGGAGUACAUUUCACACCGCGGAUGGAUGGUAGCGUUUGGUUGGGACCGAAUGCUGUUCUCGCAUUCCGCCGCGAGGGCUACAGAUGGUCGGAUAUCGAUGUGCCCGAGUUGAUUGACGCCCUUCGCUUUCCGGGGUUUAUAAAGAUGGCCUCGAAAUUCGUUGGCUCAGGUCUCAAAGAGAUUGCACGUUCAGCACUGAUACCGCUGCAAGUUCGGGAGCUGCAAAAAUUUAUUCCGGACAUACAUGAAUACGAUGUGACUCGCGGACCAGCAGGCGUUAGGGCACAGGCACUCGAUAACGACGGUAAUUUAGUAGACGAUUUUGUGUUUGAUCAUGGUAGUGGCGAAUCGGCUCUCGCGAAAAACAUUCUUCAUUGCCGCAAUGCCCCAUCUCCUGGUGCUACAAGUUCGUUAUCGAUCGCCAAAAUGAUUGCCGACAAAAUUGAAGAAGAAUUUCAUAUCAAAAAGUGAAACAGUUUUUUCUUACAAAAUCAUAUUCCAAGGUAAGCGUUUUGAAUUGUUUUAUUACAUUCAUGUUUUCAA